AUGUGCUUGGUACCUGGAGGACAUCGAAAAGUUCUCGAAGCUAUGUUGCAUUAUCAGAAAUACGCAUCUGAGAGGUCACGUUUUCAGACCAUCAUCAAUGAUCUGGACAGAAGUACUGGUAUCUAUAAAGAGGAAGUUGGCUUGAAAACUGCUAUCAUGUCAUUUAUAAAUGCAAUAUUGAACUAUGGAGCAGGACAGACCCAGUUAGAAUUUAGACUCCAUCUUCGUUAUGAGUUCCUUAUGCUAGGAAUUCAGCCAAUUAUUGAUAAACUGCGUUCUCAUGAAAAUGCAGUUCUUGACAGACAUUUGGACUUUUUUGAAAUGGUACGAAAUGAAGAUGAAAGAACUUUGGCAAAAAGAUUUGAAGCUGUCCAUAUAGAUACACGGAGUGUGACUUCAAUGUUUGAACUGCUGAGGAAGAAACUGUCCUUGUCUAUUGCCUACCCUCAUUUGAUGUCAAUACUUCAGCAUAUGUUGCUUAUACCAUAUAAUAAUUCGAGCAAAAGUGCCAGUCAAUGGUUGAUUGUUGACCGCAUAAUUCAGCAGAUGGUUCUCCAAGAGAAAAAUGGUAAAGACCCAGACAUGGCACCAGUGGAUAUCAACUUUACUCAUAUCAUCAGACAGAUAGCCUGUGAAAAUGAUAUAAAAUCAUUUCAACAGAAAAUGCGAGAAAUUGAAAAAUCAAAUGAUGAGCUGAAUUCUAAGCUUGUUAAGAAGGAAAGAGAGUGUGAAGUAAAAUCACAAGAAAAGGAGGAUUUAAUAUCAACAGUAAACAAGAUGAAGACCAAACUUGAAAAGGAGACAUCUAAUCACCAAGAAACUAAACAAAAAUUGGUGGACAUGACAGCUCUGAUUCGUGAGCUACAGGUUCAGUUGGAGAAUGAAUGUGCCGAGAAGAAGAAGCUACAAUACCUUGUCUCAACGGGGAGCUUACCGGACGAUGCUAAAAUGGAUUUCUCAUCAGCAUCGCUUGGAUUCAAGUCAAGUAGCAAUCUCAUCACCGAUCGUGUCAUUCCUGCAGCACCACCAUUGCCUCCAAGUUUGUCUAGGGAAAUCCUGGACUCUAAUAAAGCUAGACCACCACCACCACCUCCUCCUCCACCACCACCACCAUCAUUUGGGGGUGGACCUCCUCCACCCCCUCCCAUGGCUCCAAUGGGAAUCUCCUCUACUGACAGCUCCACUUCGCUGAGAAGAAAGAAUAUUCCAACUUCUUCCCAGCCGUUGAAGUCUUUCAACUGGUCCAAACUGCCUGAUACCAAACUAAACGGUUCUGUCUGGGCAGAUUUAGAUGAUACAAAGCUCUACAGAACUCUUGACCUCCAAGACUUUGAAAGGACAUUUUCUGCCUACCAACGAAAAGGGGGUCAAUUAGAAGAUGAAGAAGACAAGAGUUUAAACAGCAAACCCAAGGCAAAAGAGUUGUCUGUAAUUGAUGGAAGACGGGCACAGAACUGUACAAUCCUACUGUCAAAACUAAAACUUACCAAUGAUGAAUUGGCUACAGCUAUCCUGAAUAUGGAUGAGCAAGAAGAUCUUCCAAAAGACAUGUUGGAGCAGUUUUCUCCUCUUCUUUUUUCUUCCUCCUUCUUCUUUUUUUUCUUCCUCCUCCUUCUUCUUUUUUUUCUUCCUCCUCCUUCUUCUUUUUUUUCUUCCUCCUCCUUCUUUUUUUUCUUCCUCCUUCUUCUUUUUUUUUCUUCUUCUUCUUUUUUUCUUCCUCUUCUUUUUUCUUCUUUCCUUUUUCUUCCUCCUUCUUCUUUUUUUCUUCCUCCUUCUUCUUUUUUUCUUCCUCCUUCUUCUUUUUUUCUUCCUCCUUCUUCUUUUUUUCUUCCUCCUUCUUUUUUUCUUCCUCCUUCUUCUUUUUUUCUUCCUCCUUCUUCUUUUUUUCUUCCUUCUUUUUUUUCUUCCUCCUUCUUUUUUUUCUUCCUCCUCUUUCUUCUUUUUUUCUUCCUCCUUCUUCUUCUUUUUUUCUUCCUCCUUCUUCUUCUUUUUUUCUUCCUCCUCCUUCUUCUUUUUUCUUCCUCCUUCUUCUUUUUUUCUUCCUCCUCUUUCUUCUUUUUUCUUCCUACUUCUUCUUUUUUUUCUUCCUCCUUCUUUUUUUCUUCCUCCUUCUUCUUUUUUUCUUCCUCCUCUUUCUUCUUUUUUCUUCCUCCUCUUUCUUCUUUUUUCUUCCUCCUCUUUCUUCUUUUUUCUUCCUCCGCUUUCUUCUUUUUCUUCCUCCUUCUUGUUUUUCUUCCUCCUUUUCUUCUUUUUCUUUUUUUCUUUCUUCUUUUUCUUCUUCCUCCUUCUUCUUUUCUUCCUUUUUUUCCUCCUUCUUCUUCUUUUUUUCUUCCUCCUUCUUUUUUUUCUUCCCUCCUUUUCUUCUUUUUUCCUUCUUCUUUUUUUUCUUCCUUUUCUUCCUCCUUCUCCUUUUUUCUUUUUCUUCCUCCUUCUCCUUUUUUCUUCCUUCUUCUUUUUUCUUCCUUCUUCUUUUUUCUUCCUUCUUCUUUUUUCUUUCUUCUUUUUUUUCUUUCUUCUUUUUUUCUUUCUUUUCUUUUUCAUUCUUUCUUUCUUUUUCUUCCUCCUUUCUUUUUUCUUUUCUUUUCUCCUUUUUUUUUCUUCUCCCUCUCUUCCCUUCUUUUUCUUUCUCCUUUCUUUUCUUUGCCCUUUCUUUUUUGCUCUUUCUUUCUCUGUCUUUUUUGUCUUUUUUUUGUCUCUUCUUUCUUUUUUUCUUCUUUUUACUUCUCUUUUCUCCAAAUAAAAUUAUUUCUUUAUAAGUGUAAAAAACGACUUAGAAUUCUCGUUCUACUGCUGAAAUUUGUCCCAACAUCUGAGGAGAGCCAGCUCCUGUCAGAACAUAGCCAUGAAAUUGAUCAAAUGGCUCGAGCAGAUAGAUUCCUCUUUGAAAUGAGCAAAAUUGUACACUAUGAACAAAGGUUGAAGGCUUUGUAUUUCAAGAAGAAGUUCCAAGAAAGAAUGUCUGACUGCAAACCAAAAAUAGAAAGUGUUCUAGAAGGUUCCAAAGAAAUAUAUCACAGCAAAAAGUUGAAAAAAUUACUUGAAAUUGUUCUUGCUUAUGGCAACUACAUGAACCGUGGUCAGCGUGGAAACGCGAGUGGAUUCACAGUAUCAAGUCUUAAUAAAAUUAUUGACACAAAAUCUAGUAUCAACAAAAAUAUCACAUUGCUGCAUUAUCUUUUAGAAACACUGUCAAAGCAAUUUCCUGAGGUCACAAAUCUUGAAAAUGAUUUGAGUCAUGUGAAAGCAGCAGCAAAGGUUAAUUUCACUGAACUAGACAAAGAUCUGCUUUUUGUGAAGAAAGGCCUUUCAGAAAUUGAAAAGGAAUUGGAUUAUUUGAGGACCCGAGAUAGAGACAGCCGUGACAAAUUUGUACCUGUUAUGACUGACUUUAUUACAGUGGCUACUUACAACUUCUCUGAGGUCGAGGAAGCUUAUGUGGAAAUGAAACAAAAGUAUGAGAGAGCAGUGAAGUGUUUCUGUGAAGACCUCAAACAGCAGCCUGAUGAAUUCUUUUCUAUGUUUGAUCUCUUCUUGACGUCCUUUGCUGAAGCUAAAAAUGAAAAUGACCGAAUUAAACGGAUGAAACUUGAGGAGGAAAAACGAGCUAAACUCGAACAGCAAAAGAAAGAAAAAGAAAAGCAACGCAUGUUGAAAAAGCAGGAUUCUCUUGCAAGCAACCACUCCAAAGAGAAAGGGCUUAUAAAUGGAGUGCAAGAAAACACAGAAAAAGGAGAAUUUGACGAUUUAAUCUCUGCCCUACGAACUGGAGAUGUUUUUGGUGAAGACAUGGCCAAAAUGAAAAGAACUCGACGACGAGCCAAUGCACCAGCAGACACAUCACGAGAACGCAUUGGGAAAGUCAAAUGUUGA